GGAAUCGCAUUGUUAAAGCAGCGUGUGCCUGAAUGUUUGUAUCCCCAGACUCGAACUUAUUAAUAAAUUUUCUGCCUCUCGAUUGUUCUGGAGCAUCGAGUUCUAACGCAUAUCUUCAGAUCGACAUCUUGUCCUGAUUAUCGCAUGGACCUCAAAACGAAUACCGAAGACUCCAACAUACAGAAGAUAUGGCCCUUGAAAGACCGAAUGAUGCCUCGCGACUUGAGGUCGCCCAGCUCCUGGCGAGAGCUACAACAUCUGCACUCUCUUCCAACACUACGUCGACAGUGGCACCCUUCGCAACGGCCCUGAAUGGGGUGGAUCAACCGAUGAACAAUCUAUUCAAGGUCAUUUUGUGGUGGUCGAUAGGCGUGCUGGGCAUGCUUAUUUUGGUCAUAAGGAUAUUCCAAAGAUGGAGGGCACAUGUCAGACAUAUGACAGCGAUGAACCUCUCAGGGCAGCAGCAACGGUAUUUUGCCAUAAAUCGCACAAGGUGGUGGUGGAACUUCAAGAAAUAUGUCCUCUACGCCCCGUUAGGCAAGAAGCGUCACAACCGGGAGAUACGACUUUCAUCUGCGCUCAACAUGGGUACCGUUCCCUCCCGCUUCCACUCGAUUAUUUUGGGUGGCUUUAUAUUCAGUAACAUUGGUUACAUGGUGGCUCUUCCCUACUCCCGCGAGGACCACUACUCAGUUAUUGCGGCGUUACGAGGAAGAUCUGGUGUCCUAGCCGUGAUUAACAUGAUUGCAUUGGUGAUAUUCGCUGGGCGCAACAACCCCUUGAUUCCCCUCCUGCAGAUCAGUUUUGACACCUAUAAUCUCCUCCAUCGAUGGAUAGGAAGGACGGUCGUUCUCGAGGCGAUCGUACAUACCGGGUGUUGGACAUAUGUCAAGCAUGCUGCAGCUGGUUGGUCAGGAAUUUGGGAAAUGAUCGCAACUGACCCCUUCAUCAGUUGGGGUACCAUCGGCACUAUCGCACUUGUAUUAAUAGCUGUGCUGUCUCUGUCACCAGUCAGACAUGCUUUCUACGAGACGUUCCUCAAUGUCCAUAUCAUCUUGGCUUUUUUCACAAUACUGGGGACCUGGACCCACUGCAGAAUCGCCAAACUCCCACAGUUGCUGUACCUCAAGGUCAUUUUGACCCUCUGGAUGGUAGAACGCAUUGCUCGAAUGGCCCGACUUGCUUGGUAUAACUAUUCGUUGCAUGGCAAGCGAUGGACUAAGGCGACUAUCGAGGCUCUUCCAAGAGAUGCCUGCAGAGUCACUCUUCAUCUUCCAAGAAAAGUCAAUAUCAAACCUGGAAGUCACGCGUACCUUCGAUUCUCGACCCUCAACAUUUGGGAAUCACACCCCUUUUCGAUUGCGUGGGUACAACACAGAUCCAGCAACCCAUCCUUACCAUUCAACAAGAUGGAUUCAAUUUCUUCCAUGGGGUCAGAGAAGCAGGUACAAUCCAAAGCGAAGGACACUGUCACCGAUAUCUCCUUUGUGAUUCACGCACAAACUGGCCUUACGAAACGUCUUUUCGACAAAGCAAAUGCUUACCGACCUGGGGCACUGACCCUCACUGCCGCAUUCGAAGGCCCCUAUGGUGGCGACCAUUCCCUCGAUUCAUAUGGUCAUGUUGUACUUUUUGCCGGUUCCAGUGGUAUCACCCAUCAGAUUCCUUACAUUCAACAUCUUGUCAAGGGAUGCAACGAGAAAUCUGUCGCCACAAGAAAGAUUGUCCUCGUGUGGAUAGUCAGAGACAGCGAGCACCUGGAAUGGGUGAGGCCGUGGAUGAACCAGAUUUUGGAAAUGCAAGGCCGACGAGAAUGCCUUCUCAUCAAGCUUUUCGUGACCAGGCCCAAGAAUCCGAGGGAAAUCAUCUCACCCUCGAAUACUGUACAGAUGUUUCCGGGCAGACCCAAUAUCAAGCUCAUUAUGCAGAAUGAGGUCAAGGAGCAGGUCGGCGCGAUGUGUGUGACAGUCUGCGGACCAGGCGGCCUGGCAGACAACGUCCGAGACGCAGUAAGAGACGUUCAGGAAGAUGGGGUGGUUGAUUUCAUCGAGGAGAGCUUCACUUGGUGAUGACGAGGAUGGAUCGGCGACCUGAGGGUUUGUUCCAUGCACAUAUUGAGCACUUUGAGGCGUCCGGGGGUUUGUAGAUCUGCAUUAACGAGUUACUGCAUUGGGUUGGAGUCUAUAGAAGAGUGUGUUAGAAUAGAAGACUUUUCCCAGACUUUUACCAUUAUU